AUGUUCGUUUCAUCACUGGCGAGCUCCAGUCCUGGGGCAGCGCAAACACGACGUACGCUGGUCCGUCGCGUAGCCGGUAUAGACUCUGGUGCUGGACGGGGCGUCCGUUCACGCGGUGCCCGGGCUGGCGAGGGCUUUCUCCACAAGCUCGUAUACCUUCGUGGACAAGGCGUGUACCGCGCUGGGAACACGUGCUCGGGACGUCGGCGGUGCCAGCGUAACGCCUGCCAGCUCGUACAGAUGAGUCGGACAAUGCCGCGGGUGCCGUACCGCGGUCCCGGCAUGCAGGAGUACGUUUUCAUUGACCUCAUGCAACGCUUAAAUAAAGACCGAAUAAUUUUCCUCGGUGAGGAAAUAGACGAGGAAGUCGCUAAUCAGACCGUCGCGUUGUUAUUGCAGAUGAAGGAGGAAGACUCGGUGUCACCUGUGCGGCUCUAUUGUCAGAUACCGGGCGGUAUUUACACUGCGGGGAUGAUGAUUUACGAUUGCGUGAAAAACUUGCCGUUCGAUGUCAUAACGUUGAACAUGGGUAUGGCGGCGGGUAUGGGUGCGUUCCUUGUCGCUGGCGGGACAAAAGGGAAACGAUUUGCGCUACCAAACGCUAGGUUUCUGUUCCAGCAGCCGAGUCUACUGGAUGAUGUCGAGGGCAGUGCAGAGGAUAUUAAGACUGAAGUUCUGAACGUGCUGCGCCAACGCGACCAAUGGCUUCAUCAUCUGUCAGAAUUUACGGGACACCCGGUGGAAAAGAUCAAGGAGGAUUUUCGGCGAGAUCGCUAUUUUACGGCUGCAGAAGCGCGGGAGUAUGGACUUAUCGAUCGUGUCCUAGAGCCUACCAUGAAAGGUAUAACCAAGGAUAUGGAGGCACAGCUCUAG